UCUGGAUCCUCUGGAGCCAAAGCUUCUCAGUGAGCCUUUGUGAUAACGCUAUAGAAAUGAGAAGUGACCACUGAGAAAAUUUGUGAGGAUCCGAGACGCAAGCGAUUUUUCAGCACGCAUAUGGGUCACUUGACAACACCGUCAAAGGAGAUAAUCAUUUUAUCAGAGGAGGAAGAAGAGCAGAGUUAUGGUCACAGUGAGAAACUCUUGAUAUGGAUUUCCUCAGAGAAGCUGUGCAGCUUAUCUUUCUUUUGCUGCUAUUCUACAUACCUGGAGACUGCUACAGUAUCAAGUGUGCUGGAGAGUUGACAGUAGAUAAAGACAUCAUCCCUAUGGGUUCCAACCUGACUGUGCGCUGCCAGUCCAACACUGUGCAGUGUAACAGACCCUUCAUCAUACAGCUGGAUGAACAGAUCAUUCUUCAUGAAAUCAGCUGUUCCAAUGUGACAGCACGGCUUGUUGUCAGGGAGCCAGAAUUCACACUGUACUGCAUGGUGGUGCAAGAAGGGAAGCGUCACCUCGUUUGUGCACGGAACAUCGUGGCUGAGGUGGUUCUGAGUAUGCCACAAAUCAAGGAGAUAGCAUUUGCAAAAGGCUCCCUGUCACCCACCAUCCACUGGCAGAGCUCAGACAAUAUGACGCUUCUGAAACCCAGAGUGAGGUUCAGGAAAACGGAUGGCGCUUCAACCUGGAUGGAAGGAAAUGUGGUUCAGCUUCAUAGAGGAGAAGUACUGAUGCCGGAUGAUUUGGAGCCACUGACCUCUUAUGAGUUUGAGCUGAGAGUCUGCACCGCAUCACUGAUGCACAACUGCAGCUUGUGGAGUCAGCUGAUCAGUCAAAAAAGCCCUGGACAAGCACCCUCAAGCAAGCUUGAUGUGUGGAGAGUCAUCAUGAGACACAAUGGGAGCGACACACAGAACGUUACGGUACUGUGGAAGGCUUUUACACCAGAAGACUAUAAAGGAGACUUACUGGGUUAUGAGUUGGUUUAUAAAGAGAACGGCGUCACACACACACUGAGCUGUUCGGUAGCUGCCUCUCAGUACACGCUACAGCUGCCCCUAGAGGUGACGGAGGUAAAUGUAAGCGCUGUCACAUCAGCGGGGAGCUCCCCACCAGCUCCUGUAAGGCUGAUUUAUACAGGAAAACCAGCUCCAACCAUAUACUUAAGCCAAGCAGCAGGGGGCAGAAUACACUUGAACUGGAACUCGUCUCUUCCGUCAUACAGCAAUACCCCAGACCAAACUCUGGGUUUUGUAGUUGAGUGGAAAUGCAGCUCAAUAGAAAUGCAGUGGAAGAGAAUUGCAAAUGAUCAGAAGUCAACGUUCUUCGAUGGUACAUCACCAUGUACAGUGUACUUUUCACUGUAUGUUGAGAGCACAGAGGGAGUAUCAGAUCCUGCUUUUGGACAAAUCCAUGUGAAAGAUGAAAAGACCACCACUGACGCAAACUUUGUGAAGAUUGGUUCACUUAAGUCCCUCCCAGUCCUUGCUGUAGAAGGGCGUGAAGAUGUCAUGCUAAUUGGGAUCAGCCUAAUGACUGCUAUUCCUAUAAUCAUUAUACUAAACCUGCUGUACCUGAAGUGCGCACGACAAAGAUUAAGGAAGACAUGCAUGUCAGUGGGACCCUCUUGGCUUUUUGAAAAUUUACCAAAGCUUGGAAACAGCAAUGCUAUCAAACUUCUGCAGGAUGAAAAAUGUGAAAAAUGGUCUGAUCUUUGCUGGCAGCCAGUGGACAGUGAUCCACCCUUGUCUCCAGUUGAAGACUUUAGUCCACCUGUGGAAAUUAAGGACGUGUACCCCAUUGUCCAUAAAGAUGAUACCACGGAGGAGAGAAAGGCUGCACAGGAUUGGGCAAGCUGUCCUUAUAAACCUCAAAUUUCAAUUGUUUCUCAAAGGAUUGAGGCAGUCUCUGAGGUAGCAGAGAGUGAAGAAGAUGAGAAUCCCUGGCUGGUCUUCUCACCUGGCUUCAAUAAGUUUGAUGAUGAGUUUCUUCCAAGUCAAGAAAUUCAUGGGCCUCUGAAGAGCUGUUUAACUGUGGAUGGAACACCCAUAUCUGUGGAUGUUGUUGAUGGAUUAAUCGUACUUACUCGGGCUACUUUAGAGGAAGAAAUCUGGAGGGCAGAAGGAGACGGGGCAUUUGAGGCAGAGACUGGAAACUGUGAUGAGAACUCACACAAAGGCCAAACUGUGCUGCCCAGUGACUUAGUGAACUGCCUGAAGGAUCCUUCCUUUAGUGUCAGGCCUCACUCACCACAGAGGGCUAGCACAUUGCUACAUAACCAAGCAGCUCUGCAUACUCUACAGAUUGAUGAGCAGUUGCUCUAAAAAGCUCUACAAAUGUUCUACAAACAUCUGAGUGUGAUGCUCUACAUCAGAGUGUGAUGCUCAACUACCAACCAUGACCCAAGCAAAUCUGUACUUAUGUAAGGGAAAAGGAAACCUUCUACAUAAACUAAUUGAACUUUCUGAGGUUACACAUUAUUUAUGGAUGUGUGUGGUAACUUCAGUAUCACCAGUUCAGGUGUAAAACCAUGUUUUAUUUUAAGCAUUAAUUUCUGUGAGAUGUUAUAGUGGUACAGCUACACUGUCCUACAUUGUCCUCAUGAGGAGUCACAUAAUUCAAAGGUUGUUGAUGAUCACAUGGAAUUCUGGAUACAACCAUGGAAAUGGGUUUUGAAAACCUUUUGAAAUACUUCAACUUUUCCUUUAUACUAAUUUGUGUAACUUUGUGUAACUUUACUUCAGAAGUAUGGCAUUAAAAUUUUGUGAUGGAAAGAGUCAUCACAAGUUUUUAGUCAGGGUUAUAGACUCCUCAGUACUGACUGGAACCCUCUGGUUCUUUAGAGGAACGUCUGUGCUACAAAGAUGAACUGGUGUAUAACUUUGAGAAACAUUUCAAUAUAGGGGAUGCUGUAAUGCCCAUUUAAUGGUUCUAUUAGGCCAUAACUAUGUUUAAUUAAGCAUUUCCCAGAGGACAUGUAAUGCUCUUUAAACCUUAAAAGCCUGUUGCUGAUAGUUAACUGGCUACUCAUUGCAUUUACUACUAAGGUUUCACUUACAAAUAGAUCAGUUUGUGUUUGUUUUGAUCGAAUUGGUGAUAUACUAUUGAGGUAUGAAUCAAAAGAAAUUUCAAAACUACUGCUUUGAAAAGAAAAAAAAACAGCAAUUCUAAUGAGACUUCAUAAGCUUAUUCCGUGUGGACCUAAUACUCUAAGUAUGUGUAAUGCUUUUGAGUAUAAUACGAAAGUUCCCCUGUUAAGUGCUUAACUCACUCUAUUUACUGCUUAAUAAAGUAGUAAUGAGCAGCCAGUUAACUGUCAUAGGCUUCAUUAGUUUGUUACUAGUUAUUGGCAUAAUAAUGUACACCUGUAAUGUUGUUCAAAAAUUAUGAUGUAUAAUACGGAAAUAAAAGUUCUCUGGAAAAUGCUUAGUUCCCCCUAGUUACUUUUUACUAGAUUGGUUAAUGGAUUGUUAAAGCAUAAUAAGAGCAUUGCAAAGGCUUUAUAAUAUCCAUAUAUACUGAAGUAUUCCCAGUCAUUCAAAUGAUGUUAAGCAAGAUUGAUCAUUUUACAAAUCUCUUUUCAAAUAAUCAGUGUUUUCAAUGUGCUAAACUGACUCAUUUUAAGCUGAUUUGUGUUGCAAUGUUUUGUUCUGCCUAUACUGGUUGGAGGAAACUGCUUUAAAUUCACUAUGUUUGUUAGUGUUUUGAAUUAUGAAUGCUUUUCAUGAUGCAAACCAUUUUGGCUGCAUAUUCUGUUCAUAAAAAUACACACGUGCAUCUUAACCUUAAGACAAAUAGAUUCUUUCCACUGUGAACAUGAGGCUGCAGUUCUCAGGCUUUAUUUUCCUGAAACUAUAUAACACAGAAAGUGAAAUGUGCAGAAAAGUAUUCGAAAAAAGGAAAUGAACUCCAUUAACGUCACCACAACCAUUUGUAACCUUUCGUAUAAAGUUAUGUACUGACAUACAGUAUAUACAAGUAUGCUGGGUUGGUUCCUGCCACAUUCAAAACUCAGUUGCUUUUCUUAACCAGUCCUUUAAUUGACUGUCCUGCUAUUUACAUAAUUAUUCCUAUUAAAACAGAAGUGUGUGA